UAGCACAGCGUUAAAUGUGUGAGUUUAUUUAUUCAUGAACAUGUGAAGCACAGUUUAUGAAAUAUAAGUCAAAUUUCACACAAAAAUCGUAAUAAACGGUAAUCAAUUUGAUCUGUUUUUAAUUCAGGUCAAUGCAAUGCCAUUUAGGCUACGUUCCGAAACUAGCUGGGGCCGCUAAAAACUCCCUAGGAUAGAGGCAGGCUAUCUACGAACUCGGUAGCACAAGCGAGAUAAAAAAUUGCUAACAGCACUAAGCUAAUUUCGGAACAUUUCACGUGGCUUGACGUCGCAGAUUUCAAUUCGAGGAUUCGAUAGAAUUCGGUAAUCGACGUCGACAGGCUUGUCUUUACCCUUCAAUUCUCGACUCGCGGCGCAUAGCCCGCCAAAAACACCGGCAAACAAACAUGGCUCCGCGGAAAAACGCAAAACGUGUCGAAGAUGAACCCGUGGAAACGGCAGCUCGGGGCGGCGAUGUUACUCCACCAAAGAAAAAGAAAACAGCCGUACAAAAAUCGGCGAUUACAGACGAACCGAGAGAAGUGAGGCUUCCAAGAGCUGCCAAAAAUAAAAAACCAGAGCCGGUUGAGGAAGUUCCAGCGCCCGUCAAGAAGCCGGUCAAACCUAAGGCUGCCAAAAUGGCAAAUGACGUCGAAGAAGACUCGAACAUGAAUCGAGUCAAGACAAUGACGAAGAAAACGCAAAACGACAUGGAAGAAUCUGAUGCAAAACCUCAUCCCAAAGGAAGAUCUAAGAAAACUGUCAAGGACCAACAACCAGCUAAAGCAGAAUCAGCUGAUGAUGGUAAAAAGAUGGCACCUAAAAGUAAGGGCGGUGCAAAAAAAGUAGAGGCAAUGAAAUCCAAAGAAGCCAAGCCUAAAGGACGCGCAGCUGAGAAAAUUGUUGAAAAGGUUGGGGCAGUUACUGAGGUUGCAUCAAAAAUUGUCAAGACUCGAGGAAAAAAUGCAGUUAAAGUUGAUGAGUCAAAAGACGAAGAAGAAGAAGAAGUGGUGGUUCAAAAACGUAGGGGGCAGAAAAAGUUGGCUGAUAUCACUACAAGUGGUAAGGUAGCAAGCAAAGGCAGCCGUGCAAAGAAGACUGCAGCUAGUAAGGUAACUGAAGAGCCGGAAGAAGCAGUGAUUGAGGAAGCAGAUGAAGCCGAAAAUUUCGCCAAUGCUGAGGCAGAAAUUCUUGAGUCUCAAUCCGACCCUGAAGAAAAUGGAGUUACAGACGAGUUGAAAGAAAAUGGAAAUACCGAACAUGAUGAACAUGAAGCAGAAGAACCAAAGGCAACUAAGAAGGGAAAAGGAAGACAGCCCAUAAAGAAGGGGAAAGUUGUGUUCAAGACUAAAUCCUUUGACACCGAAUCCACUGAUGAUGAUGCGAUCAAUUCACCAGCCGUGGAUCAGAUUGAGAGUCAUUGAUGUGUACCAGGUUGGUAUCCAAAAGGCAAGUUUCCUCACUGAUUCAACAACGAUUAACCUGCCAACCCAAUUAUCAAUUUAAAUAUUAAAUAAUAGUUACUCUUAUAAAUUAUCUUAAUCUUUAAGCCUAAGCAACGCCCUUUAUGACUUGCGAAGUCACUUGUCCACAUUCUUUUCAUUUAAUAUGUCUUUUAAAAAUAAUUCAAUUUUUAAAUCCUUUUCAAUAAUUCCAAUAAAGGAAACGUACAGCUGAGCUGUAACAAAUUUAA